CCGGAGAAGAGCUUGACGCGGAGAACGGAAAGAACGGAAUGAGGGGUGGGAAGUUUUUAUGGAAGAGAAUGGAAUAGGAUUUAGAAUUGUCCUCUCGAUUCUGACUGAGUAUCUAGCCUUGGAUGCUAAAAUGACAUCCGAAUGUAGUUAGCGGAACAGAAAAUCUUCGAAGAUAAACUCACAAACAAUGAAUGUUUCCUAUUCGUUCAUACCAAGCGAACGACGAUGGUGAGACGACGGGUCGUUUGGGAUCACUAUUACCCAGUAGGGACGUUUCGAGAGGAAGUAGGCUAGCGAUUGCGCGAACCGAUGACGUCGUGAGUAGCUUCAGGGACCAUGCCACGUCGUAUGUCACUACCGUGGAACUCGAAAACGGACCGGCACUUGCGGCAGCAGAGUCUUAUGCGUUCUACAAGUCUUAUUAGUAAAGGUCGUUGAAGAUGGAGGACGAGGUUCCCGAUUCACUACUCGCCUCUAAUCCUUCCGCCGCCUCGCUCGUAGUGCCAAAAAGGAGCAGAGAAACUCUACUAGUGGCAAGCAUCUCUCAGCUGAGGCAUUAGCAGAAGUCGAG